UCAAGAUUGUCAUUGUCAAAAAAUAAAUUCAUGUUUGCGGCAAAAAAAAUUGUCACAAAACUUUUAACUCCCACACACAGUGCAAGUGCAAAGUUGCUGCUAAAUAAAGAAUUCUAUUGGCAACGAACGUAAGUUUCCAAAACUUAUUUUACAUUACAAGUUUUGCCGAAAACUGUGGUCCCGGUCUUUGUGAGGCUAUCAACCACAGCAGCAAACAUGGUGAAGACAGCGCUAGUGAUCCUGGCCCAAGGUGCGGAAGAGAUGGAGACCGUCAUCACUGUCGAUAUGCUGAGACGGGGCGGUGUGGAUGUGACCAUGGCAGGACUGGACAGUGACGCGCCGGUGCUGUGUUCGCGUAACGUGACACUCGUCCCAAACAAGUCUUUGGCUGAUGCUUUGGCCGAGAAGCCUCAGUACGAUGCAGUGAUUCUCCCUGGAGGUUUGGAGGGCUCAGACCGCCUCAGCAAGUCGUCUGUAGUAGGAACACUGCUGAAGGAACACGAGAAAGCUGGCAAGAUCGUCGCUGCUAUCUGUGCUGCGCCCACAGCGUUCGUCGCGCACGGCAUAGCGCGCGGCAAGCGCGUGACGUCAUACCCAUCUACUAAGAACAAAAUGCCGGCGGCUGACUACACGUACGUGGAAGGAGAAAGAGUGGUGGUUGAUGGGAACAUCGUCACCAGCAGGGGACCCGGCACUGCAUAUUGGUUCGGUCUCUCGCUCAUCGAGCUAUUGGCAGACAAGGACACAGCUGCCCAAGUGGAGAAGGGAAUGAUCAUUACUGGCUAUUAAUUA